AUGUGGGUCCAACCCCUCGGUCUGUUGACCGUAUCUCUUCUCGCCUUCGCGGGAGAAAGUGAUUUGGCAAUUUCAAAACAACUUGUCGCUGAGGGUCUGGAUUCUUCCUCUCUCCGUGUGGCCUGGGAGCCACAAAGUUCUUCACCGGAAUGGGGACACCAGUACCUGUAUCGCCUUUACAAGCGCGUCUUUGAGAACAACUUAAAGAUGGUCAACAGCACAGGAAAGCUGGAACCGUCUUCGAUCUACAAUUUCACUGUCAAUGCCUUCGAUGCGAGUGGUCGACCUGUACAAGCCGCGGCAUUCACUGCCUCGGGGACGACCGCCAAUGGUAAUUUGCCACUUACCAUUUACCAUCAUUAUAAAAGAAUAAGACUCCAAAGAACGAAGGGGUCCCAUUAUAAACACUUACUACUGAUAUAUAGUAAGUAG